AAAAAAAUGAGAACAAAGAUUUUGCUCACAAUUUUGUUCUUCUGCUAGUUGUUAACACUUGGUUCAGCUGUAGACUAUUCAGUUAACCCUAUAAAUCCUGCUACUGGUGCUGAUAAAGGAGAAAAGAAUCCACCAGCUACAACAGGAUAAUGCAUCAAUGGUAUGCAUUAUGAUGAUUAAUCAUUUUAGGAUUUGCAUGGAAUAACUAACUUUGUGUACCAUGCAUGUAGGUGAAGAAUGGGUAUUGUACAUGCACAAAAUAUGGUGGCUGCGAUACAAAAGUAUGUGAUAAAUCAAUUCCAAAUUGUCAAGUUUUGACUAAUGGUUCUGACUCGUAUUAAAUUAAUUGUUAUUAAUAGCUACAUUCUAUUGAGAGCAUCAGGAUGUACAGAAUAUGUUUGGGGCGAUUAAAAUUAAUCUGUUGUUUGUAAAUCAUGUUCACCUGGAUAUUUUAUGGUUGGUAUACUAAAAUAUAAUUAUUAAAAGCUGGAAUUUGCGUAAAAGCAAAUAACUGUGCUUAGAUGAAUUUAGUGACAGGUACUUGUGACACUUGUGUGGAUGGUUAUUAUUUCACUUAAAAUUAUUAAUUAAAGACACUUUAAUCUUGGGAUUACUAUCAAAAUAUUAAUGAAGUGAUAUGCAAUUAAUGUCUAAAUAAUUGUAAAAUCUGUACAUCUGGGUAAAGAUUUAUGAUAUAUUUAUUAUAGUUAUACAUGUGUUUAAUGUAAUGAUGAAUACUAUUGGAGUCCCACAUAAUAAAAGACAGCUUUAUCAAAUUAGUUAAAUGAUUCAUUAGCUGGAUAAUGUUUGGCUUGUAGUUCAAAUAUACCAAAUUGUAUUCGUUGUUAGAAUUCAACAGUUUGUGAUAAGUGCAAAGAUGGUUUUUAUUAUACUGCUGGUUCAGAUCAAACAUAAAAGGGAACAUGCACAUAAUGUAUGAACAAUUGUCUCUAGUGUACAAAUGGAACUACUUGUGAUACAUGCAAUAAAGCAGGUGGUUAUAUAUAUUUACAAACAACUGACAAUAAUGUAAGAUAUAUAUAAUAAUAUUAAUUAGUCAUGUGCUUCAUGUAAUGCUAAUAAUGUAGGUUGUGCUUAAUGUUCAGCUUAGGGAGGUCAAUUGACAUGUACAUAAUGUUUACCUGGAUAUGUAUCUGAUCCAAACAAUAUUUGUAAAUUAUGUGAUGCCAAUUGUGCUACUGGAUCAUGUUCUUAUGCUAAUGAUUAAGUUUAAUGUAGUAGAUGUAAAGAUACAUUCAUUAUAAAAUAAAAUACUACUUGUAAUUCAUGUGGAGUUGGAUGCACUUCUUGUACAUAUGACUAAGGAUAAACAACAAUAACUUGUUAAUAAUGUUCAGAUACUUAUUAUUUGGAUAACAGUAACAUCUGUUAAUUAUGCAGCAGUUAAAUAACUGAUUGUUAAAAGUGUUCAUUUAAUGUUAAUAAUACUCCAAAUCUUACAUGCUAAACAUGUUCAGCUACUACAUAGAAAACUACUGAUAAUUUAAAAUGUAUAUCGGCUCCUUAAGCUUGUAUCGAAUAUUCUGUUACAGAUUAAGCAACUCCAGCAACCUGUUCUAAAUGUAAAGAUACCUAUUACUUGGAUACAAAUACAUGCAAAUCUUGUGCUACAUCAAAUCCCGGUUUCUUGAGAUGUUAAUUUAACAACAAUCAAGUGACUCCUAUUCAAUGCUAAGAUCAAUAUUUCUUAUUGAAUAAUAAUUGUGUACCAGUUAAAAAUGACAAUACAUAAGCAACAAAUCUUACAUUAUAAACUUGUCUAACUAUUACUGAUCCUACUAAUGAUCAGAAGAGUUAUUAAUGUCAAACUUGUUUACCAGCUGCCUUAGGAGAUAGUCCUCCUUAAACUGGUGUUUGCUCUUAUUGCAAUUGUAAUAAUGAUGCUAAAAAUACUGCCAAUUGUACUGCUGCUGUUGCUUCACAAAAAUCUACUGUCACUUGCACAGCAUCUAAUUUAACUUGUUUACCAGGCUUCCUAAAGAGUGGUCAAUCAUGCCUUCCAUGCUCUCCUGUAGCUGUUAAUCCUAUUGAUACCUAGAAGUAUCAACUUUGCUGCGGAUUAGGAUUAAUUUAUUCAUCUGGACCAGAUUAAUGUACUGCUUAAACUGUUACUGGCGCAGCCUAAUGUAUAGCAUCUUAUUCUGAUAAUCCAUGCAUGUGUGAUGUUGGUUAUUAUAAAACUGGUACUACUGCUGCAGAUUACCAAUGCAAUAAAUGUGCUGAUAAUUGCGAUAAAUGUACAAGUACAAAUACAUGUGAUACUUGUUCGGUUAAUUACACAAAAAUCACAAUUAGCAGUAAUGAAUCCUAAUGUGUUUAAAUUAAAUGUCUUGCUAUGAAUUCUACUACAGGCUGUACUUAUUGCUAAUAUGGUUUCUACCUAUAAAAAAUUAAUGGAGUUAACUAUUGCUUAUAAUGUUUGUCUCCACUUACAAAUGUAAUAAAUAUAAAUUAUGAAAUUAUAGUCUAUUUGCAGACAAUACCUUAACACAGCGCCUACUGUAACAGUUACCCCAACCCCUGCAGUUGUAAUUUAAAAUAGUCCAUCCUAUUUAUGUUCUAAUGGAAAUUAUUGGAAUGGAUAAUAUUGUUCUCCAUGCAAAUCAUUAUAAUCUGGUAAUGGAUAUUGUGUAUGUUCAACUUACAUGGAUUGCCCAUCCAUUGUUUGCAAUUCUGGAUAUGCUCUAGUUAAAGGGUAUCUAAAAUAUUAUUAAAUUAUAGUGCCUGUGUACCAAUUCCUGAUGGAUGUACUACUUACUAAAUUAGCAAUGAUGGUACAACUCUUAUUUGCACUGCAUGUAAAGAUUCCUACUCACUUGUCUCAAAUGUUUGCUUGAAAACUUAAAAUUGUUAAUAAUUCAGCAGUACUACUGGUAAUUGCAUAUAAUGUGCCAAUGGUUACUAUCUUAAUUGGUAGUAUAAUACUUUUGUUUCCCAAGGAGUACAAUAAGGAGAUACAAUUCCAUAUUUCUUUAACUUCCCCUCUUAAUGUACUUAAUGUGACAUUUCUAAUUGUUUAACAUGUACAGGUCCCAAAGUUUGUGCAACUUGUGCACAAGGAUAUUACUGGCAAACAUCACAAUAUCUUUAAUAAUCAAGUAAUGGAAGUCAAGGAAGUUGCCAACCAUGUAUGUAGGGAUGUCAAACAUGUACUAAUAAUCAAUCAUGUUCUACUUGUUAUCCUGGAUAUUAUAUGGUCUUCCCAUAUUCUGGAAUCAACUAUUGCUAACUUUGCUCAACCCCCAUAUCCAAUUGUUUGACUUGUGAUAAUAGCACAACACCACCUCAUGCUCAAUCAUUAGUUCCAACAUGCAGAUCUUGCUCAAGUGGAUAUUACCUUUAUAAUGGAAAAUGUGUUAUUUGCCCAGCUGGAUGCUUAGCUUGUGAUGGUGAUAACAGUUGCACAUAAUGUGCUUCAUAAGGUUAUGCAUAUGAUUCAACAAAUAAGAAAUGUUCUCUUUGUUCAUAAAUUACAGGAUGUACUUAAUGCAGUUAUAAUGGUACAACAUUAACUUGUUCUACUUGUGCAGAUUUAUAUUACCGUAGCGUAAAUAAUAACAUUACAACAUGUGCAUUGUGUAGCGUACCAGUUAAUUAAUAAGCUGCCACAAACUAUUUAAGAUGUACUUCAGCAACAAGUCCAACUUAAUGCAAAGAGGGUUAUUAUUUGAAUGGAUCAAGUUGUACUCUAAUAAACUUAACUUUACAUUGUUUAACAUUUGAUAAUAAUGGAAACUGUACAUCUUGUGUUAAUGGAUAUAUAAUAGUAGGUAAUUCAUGUUAAUAAUGCAUAUCAACAAAUGCAUAAUGUAUAAAAUGCUAAGUAAUUUCUGGAACUGGAACAACAGCUAAUUUAUAAUGUGCUGCUUGUUAAUAUGGAUAUUAUUUGACAUCAACUUAUGGCUGUACAGCUUGUGUAAAAGCCGAUGGAUGUGAAGCUUGUAAUUCUUCUGGAUGUGCAUCAUGUCUUUCAGGUUACUAUCCUACUACUGUUUCUACAGAUAGUAAUAAUUCUACUGGUAGUAGUGUCUCAAAUAAUACUGUAAAUUGUAACAAAUGUGUUUCAAAUUGUUAAGUAUGUUAAUAAGCAAAUGUAAUCAUUUUUAUUUAUAAUUUUUAGUCUUGUACCAAAUGUAAUGAUGGUUAUUUCCUUAUCACUACAACAUCUUCUGGAACUACUUCUGUAACAACUAGUAGUUGCUAUGCAUGUUAACCAGAAUGUUAGACAUGUGUUGCUCCUGGCACUACUUGUACAUCUUGUAUUACAGGAUAUGUGUUCUAAAAUGGAGGUUGUGUCACUUUAGCAUAAGCCAAUUGUUUCAGCAAUGGAAGCAAUGGUUGUGAAGUCUGUAAUUAUGGCUACUAUUUAAAUAAUGGAGUAUGCUACUAAUGUGUCAAUCCAUAAUCAGAUGUAUUUAUUAUAUCAAUCUCUUUAGUUUCUAUGUACAAAUCCAGUCGAUAACCUUUUCACAUCUGUCACACCAACCACGUUAUGAAAAAUUUAAAUCAUAUACAAAAUAAUUAUAUUUUAUUUCCAAU